UGUUUAAUGCCAUUUAAUGGACUAUUCCUUUCAUUGGCUCCCCCCAUAGUGGCUCGCCAGGUAGAAGGAGAAGGCGCCGGCGGAAAGUGGCAAAACACAUCACGUUUUCAUACUAUCGUGGCAAGAAGAAGCAUUUUGUCAAGUCAUGCCAUUGACACGGGGUAAGAGACAAACUAAGUCGAAACAAACCAGCCACCCACCAGAUGAUGACAUGCUGCAGUCUGGUUAUGAAGUGGAAGAGAUUGCACAGCCAUCUGCUCCAACUACUGCCCCAACCAUGGCUAAGUUUAAGGAGGAUUAUAGAUUGCUAAAAGAGGAGAACCGCCUUCUAAAAGAGGAGAACCGACUUCUGAAAGAGGAGCGGGAUUUCCUUAGGCAGAAAGGUCUCAACCCAGUGAAGACCAGACCCUCAACAUCUUCAAAAGGGUCCGACAAAAGGAGGCGCAUGGAUUCCUCAGACUCUUUAACAUCUGACUCUGAGUCAGACUCCUUCUCUGAAGAAGAAAAGAGGAAUAAGAAGAAGAGAAAGAAUAAGAAGAAGGAAAACCCUGCAAAAUUUGGAAAAAGAGUAUGGAGUCGGUCACGUUCAGGGUCCAGAGGACGUCGUACACCGAUACAGAGCUGUUCUAAAAGAAUUUCGGCGUACAAGGAGCAUCAGCCUCAGCUGUGAAUCGCUGAGCGUUGACAGAAAUACAAUCGCCUUAACGGCAAUCAUUGCAGAGGUGUGGAUUGCUGCAGAGGGUGAAGAUUUCGGGCUGCUGCCAGAGUUCACUGAGGAGGACACUUUAGGAAACUACGCCAAAACCUGCAAGACCUUCCUGGAGGGUAACAACCCGCUUGAAGAAAAAAUUAAACAAAUGAAAAAAAAGUCUGAGCUGCUACCCAUAAAAUGCAAAUUUAGGAAGUGAGGGUUCACAUUACUACUUUCCCUAUGGUAGGGAGUUGAAGGGUAGAAGGGUUGUUGAAAGGUUAUAUGUUUUUGAGUUUGUCUUUGCCUACUUUCCAGUCGUAAAGCUCGUGUACGGCAGCAUACUUUAUUUCAGAUUUUAAACAUUUUGAAGAGUUCUGUUUUUGUUUUUCUGUUUAAGUGUUGUCUUUGAACCCUGAAUCUUUAGUAAUAAGUAUAUAUUACUUAACAAUGUUCAUGGUAACUUUGGUACAUCUUGUUACUUUCCACUGUGCCUUUGUUAUAUCUUGGUAUUAAACAUUCUUUUUUGUGUGA